UUUCAGGUAUUAAUACCCAUAUGUAAAUCUUCGAUCGAAAGAUGAGUCGAGCAAUGUUUGGUGUGUUUCCAGUGGGUGAUACGAUCCAAAUUCGAGAUCAACCAACCAUGGUUACACGACUUUGCGAAGCGAUGUGGCAUAGCGAAGCCCGCGCAUUACAGUAUGCCGUACCAACUAACUGUCUGUUUAUUGGUGCAUUGUCGUUUCUUCUUCCGGCAGGUCCACUGUCAGCAGCAAUGAUGCUAGAUGCAUUUCUUCUAGCCAUGGCUGCUCCAUUAAAAUUUUAUUGCUACUCAUCAUGCUGUUCAUAG